AUACAUUUUGGAAAUUUCCAGAGUCAGUGUCAACUUAUCCGCCAAUAGAGUGAAUAUGCCAUUGUUAACUACCUAUUUCCGUGGCUGUUUAUUCCUAUUUCUGGUUGCAGUGUUUGCCGAGGAUCACUGUUCUAAACCUCCACCAAAAUUUGCACCCAGAGAAUGUUGUGAGCCCGUGAAAUGGAGUGAAUCGAAUGUUGAGGACAAGUGUGCAGGAGCCCCUAGUGCUGUAUGUUUCACAGAGUGCAUUUUUAAUUCGACGGACAUUAUUCAAAAUGACGGUCCGAAUGCAACGAAUAUCAGGACUUUUUUUGAGAUUGAGUUGAAAGCUGAUCCUGAUUACAUUCCGAUUGCAAUAAACAAUUUCGAAAUGUGUUACUCCUUAGUUAAACGAAGAAUGGAAGAUAAAGAUCACCAAAUUGAUGGUUGCGAUACAUUCCCAGCUUUAAUUAUGGAAUGUACAAUUGCGCAAAUGUUUGUUGAUUGUCCAAGUGAAAAGUGGAAAUCCAGUGAAGCUUGUGAGUUGGCAAGAAAAUACUAUAAGAGAUGCCCCGAUCGACAUUUUACAACUAAUGCUUGAGACGUAUAAUGAAAUGAAUAAGUAAGAAAAAUGGUUUGUUGAAACUAUUGAUUAGCUGUUGAUAUUAAAAAUCAAUCUUAAAAGAAAUUCCAUAUUUAACGCGUAAUAUUCAAUAAAGCGACUCAAUCAGAAAA